CAACGAUUACGCGCGAACGCUUUGGAAGAGAUUUGACCACGUUGACGACAUUCGCUGCAACAGAACAGCAAAGCACACAGUAACAUCACAUUGAGGACUGAUCCAGAGCAUUGCAGUGAACCGAUACCGGCACCGUAUCUCGACUUGUAUCGAAGCUUCUACGAGCGUUGCGCAUCUGUAAGCUCCUGGCGACGCACAAUACUGUCCGAUAUGUCGGCACAACAACCCUUCCGGAACCAUAUCGCUUUGAUUUCCAUUCUCCUCUUUUCACUACUGGUGUCUGCCCAGGGUGCAACCGGCGGAAAUCGCAUUGAAUCUGGCCAAUGCCCGGAUAACGCCGAAGAUACCCUUGUCUACUCCCCUUUCAAACCCUACUUCUACUGGCCGUUCUUCCGCGGCACCAGGCAGCGCUGCUGGGUUGCUGCAGACUGCCUCCUUGAAGCUGCGGGGGAGUCGCGGAAGCAACAGUUUGCUGCCACCGCUCUUGUCAUGGGUCUCAUCCCACUUACACUCAAAGACAUUGCCUGGCCUGAAAGAAGACUGAUCCAUGUAACGAAGCGGUUGAAUUGGGCGGUCGAGGUUUUGGUCCUUGCGCUGGGACUCGUUCCACUGGAAACAGGCGACGCGAGAGAGACGAGGAAACGCAGCAGGGAAAACAACAUGCUAGCGAAAAGAGCGUGGGCGAUGAGUCGAAGCAGCAUCAUCAUGGUCAUUCUCGUAUGUUGGGUGGGUGUAUUUGCCAGCUACGCGGGGAUGGUCAUUAUGGAGAUCUACAGCAAGCGUAGCGCGCUGGGCUGUACAUAUCCUGCCACUGUUGCGUCUUGGUACGUCGUUGCGCUUCUGCCUGCGACUAUGCACGCGCUAUUUGCUGCCGUUAGGCGCUCGAAACACGAGAGGCGACUAGUGCAGCUUCACCUUGCGAGCUCAGAUGCUCUAUUAGCGAAAGAUGUGGCGCAGGUGCGAGCCGAAGAGAAGAAGAAGAUUGUUUCGGCAGUCCCAGGUGCGGAUGAAGAUUGGCCUGUGCAGAUGGCCUGGGGCGUCUAUUAUAUUGCGGGCACACUGAUCUUCACGAGCAUUAUGGCCGUGACAGUUGUGGAACUGGUCUGCUGGGUCGGUUUAGGGUUUGCAGUGACGGGAAGCUACAAAAAGGACGAGGAUAGCUUAUUGUAUGUCUUUCUGCCAGGAACAAUCGCAGUCAACCUCGCACGCGCAGGCUAUUCCGUUCUUUUGAUCGAGGCAGGCGGUGAUGAAUCGGAUGAUAUCACCACUCAGAUCUUGAGUCUUGGAUCCCUCAGCUCCUCAUCAUCUGUCAACUGGAGCUUCUUCGUAAAACAUAGCGAUGAUAUCGAGCGCGCAAAACGGUACAACCUGAUGGUGUGGAAAUUGAACAACGGCGAGUUGUGGGUAGGGAGAGAUCCCGCGCCUGAAGGCCAUCUCGAUGCAGUGAGGCUUGGUGUGUUUUACCCAAGGGGGGCUACUCUGGGAGGAAGUGCAAUUGUCAAUGCUGCGGCGACGUUUCUACCAAGCGAUAGCGAUUGGGACCUUUUCGACAAAGAUGUUGGAGAUGGCGUAUGGAGUGGCAGAGACAUGCGACGCGUCUUUGAGAAAAUUGAGCACAAUAAUUACUUGGAAGCUGGCACGCCAGGCCACGGCUUCGACGGCUGGCUGCAGACCAACAUAGCUGACAGGAGCCUGUAUUCGGUGCAAAGUCCCAAGAUCAAAGUCAUCGAGGCUGCGUUGAGACUUCUCGGCAAAGACCCUUCCCAGGUCGUUGACUACCUCGUCAGUGACGCAAACUACCUGGACGAAAGAAGAGACAAGACACAGGGACUUUUUGCGCUCCCGUUCCAUGUGACCAAGACAUGGAAGCGAUUUAGUCCGCGUGAUCGUAUCCUCGCCACAAGCAAGGAGACAUAUAGAAAUGGAACGUUGAAGUUCCUACUGCAUCUCCAGCUGCAUUCGCUCACGACUAGAGUCCUGUUCAGCGACCAAAAAGCGGACAAAAAGCCCAAAGCAAUCGGCGUAGAGUAUCUCGAAGGACCGUCAGUGUACAAGGGCGACACGCGAUACAAUGGCACGCAUGGUAGAACGGGCCGGGCCUUUGCGCGAAAAGAAGUCAUUGUUGCUGGAGGCACAUUCAAUUCGCCCCAGAUACUGCAGCUUUCUGGCGUAGGACCAAGAGCAUUACUCGAGAGGCAUGGCAUUCCUGUUGUCGUUGAUCUGCCAGGCGUUGGUGCCAAUCUGCAAGAGAACUACGAACUGCCGGUCGUUGGACUGGCACAUCAAAGCAUGCUCGACCCUGUCGAUCCAAGCGCACCAAACUGUACACUCGGCGCCCCUGGAGAUCCAUGUGUCGAGCUAUGGAAGCAGGGCACGGGGCCGUACGCGCGGGCCGGCGGCAAUGCGUACUGUGUGCUACUCAAGACCAACCACUCAAGCGAUGGAGAGCGCGACGUGCUGCUGUUUUCUACCCCCGGCGGAGCUUUUCGGGGGUUCAAGCCCUCCACCAACCAGACCUUCAGUGACCCUCCUGAGACAAUGUCCUGGUCUACAGUCAAGAUGCACACUCAGAAUCGCGCGGGAUACGUUCGCAUACAGUCUGCAAACCCGCAGGAUGUGCCGGAGAUCAACUUUAACCAUUUCGCCGAGGGUGCUGAAACGGAUGUCGGGGCGAUAUUGGACACUGUGUCAUUUGGUCGUAGGACAUUCUUCAACACGGAAGCACCCGUGGGACCGGUGAGGCCCAGGGAGCCGCCGUGUCCUGCAGAGGACAUCAAGGAGGACGGAUUCUGCGACGACGCAACGCCAGACAAGCAGUGGAUCCAGGACCAAAUCUUCGGGCAUCACCCGACGAGCUCCAACUCGGUAGGGCCAGACAGCAAUCCGCUUGCCGUGCUCGACACGCGGCUGCGGGUGCGAGGCGUGGAGCGGCUGCGCGUGGUGGACGCCAGCGCAUUUCCACGCUUGCCGGGUGCCUUUCCUGCCGUGGCCACGUUCAUGCUGAGCGAGAAGGCGUCGGAGCUUGUGUUGGCGGAUGCGCGUGAGCCGUAG